AUGUGUGAGGAGGAUGUUCAUGUCAGUGAAGAUGUUGCCAGCGGUGGAGGCUCUUUUAGAAAUGCUAGGCCUAGACUGAUUGUAUUAAUAAGGCACGGGGAAAGUGAAUCGAAUAAGAAUAAGGAGGUGAACGGUUACAUUCCCAACCACCUAAUUUCUUUGACUAAAACCGGUCAGAUUCAAGCCAGGCAGGCUGGUAUUGACUUACUACGUGUUUUGAAUGUGGAUGACCACAAUUUAGUGGAAGACUUGGCUAACAAAUAUAUAAAAGAUGAAAGUAGCAGGAGAACCUUACCUUUAAAAGAUUAUACCAGGCUAAGUAAAGAGAAGGAUACAAACGUGGUUUUCUACACAUCGCCUUAUAGAAGGGCGAGGGAAACUUUGAAGGGUGUCUUAGAUGUCAUCGAUGAAUAUAAUGAACUAAAUAGCGGUGUGCGUAUUUGUGAAGAUAUGAGGUAUGAUCCCUGUGGUAAACAGAAGCAUGCAUUUUGGCCCAGAGGUAUUAAUAACACUGGCGGGGUUUAUGAAAAUAAUGAAGAUAAUAUUUGUGAAGGGAAGCCAGAUAAAUGUUACCUACAAUAUAGAGUCAAGGAUGAGCCGAGGAUAAGGGAACAAGAUUUUGGUAAUUUCCAAAAAAUCAAUAGCAUGCAGGAUGUCAUGAAGAAGAGAUCCACUUACGGUCAUUUCUUUUUCAGGUUUCCUCACGGGGAAAGUGCAGCAGAUGUAUAUGACAGAGUAGCCAGUUUCCAAGAAACCUUGUUUAGGCACUUUCAUGACAGACAAGAGAGAAGACCCAGAGAUGUUGUUGUUCUUGUCACACAUGGUAUUUAUUCUAGAGUUUUUUUAAUGAAAUGGUUUAGAUGGACGUACGAGGAAUUUGAAUCGUUCACUAAUGUUCCCAAUGGGAGCGUAAUGGUAAUGGAACUGGACGAAUCCAUUAAUAGAUAUGUCUUGAGGACGGUGUUACCCAAAUGGACUGACUGCGAGGGAGACUUGACUACAUAG